GCCGGCGCGCCGUGCUCUGAGGCCAUGCUGCGUCCAGGCUCGAGAGGAGGAUUGGCCGGUGUAACCGACCGUUCAUGCCUGGGCCGUAUAUUCGUACCACGUAGACACGUAGUACAUGUGUCUUUCUACAUGGGCAACUGAAGUAUACUUCACACAUAGUUUACUAGGUGGUCAUAACUAACAUUUCAAAAGUCAGUGCAGAGUAGCAUUACUACAAUAUCUUAUAUAUGUAACAAUGCUCUUCAGCAUUUUGCUAAAUUCUUGUAGUCCAAUGCCGUUCUAAUUUGUAUGAUAACAAAAAACAAUGUAGUUUAACUGCAAAACAUAAAUAACGGUCAAGUUAAAUCAACAUACGACAUGUGCAAUUUUUACAAUAAAAAUCUUACAUGUGUUACACUAUUAUUGUUUUUCUGUUAUCUCAUCUAAUCCUUUUCAUGAUAUUUUGUAUCUUUGCAAUGAUGUCAUGAUCGAUCCUAUAGGAUCAAUGACAUCAGUUACACUUAACCAAAAUAGGACAGUUGCAGACUUGCGUCCCUUUCCUCCUUUCGUGCUAUUUGACGAUAUUCAAGGUUUCAAUAACUUACCACAAGUAAAGAGUGUCUUUGCGAGGGUAGUUGUUAAGUUUCCUAGGCAUCGUAAUAGUCAACACUUCAUCCUACAGGACAUCACUGGAGCCAAAAUCGAAGCAAUUUCAAACGGCAAUAAUGUCGAACGGUUCGACGUCUUACUCAAACAAGGAUACACAUAUACAUUGUAUAAAGUGGCAUUCUGUCUAAACUGGGCGGAGGUUCAAUUUCGGAAUAUUGCGCAUGGGCUAGAGUUGGGAUUGAUAACACAUACUAUUGUGGAGCCAUUCACUAAACCAAUUCAAUUUCCUCCAUUUCCAAAAUAUCUUAUGCCAUUUCAUGAUGUUUACCAACAACCGCAUAAGACGUUCGUAGACAUUAUUGGCAUAGUUGUUCAUUUGGAGCCAUUAAAGUAUAUCGGUGGAAGGCCAUACAGAGAGGCUGUACUAAUGGAUUCCAGGUGGAAUCUAAUUGUCAUGGGGGUAUGGACCGAUCUCCUGCAGAGAAAUGCUCUACGAUGGGCAUUAGCUAAAGUUGACAAGAAUAUAAUUAUUGCAACAAUGAUGCGUCGUAACAAUAAAUACAGAUGUUUGGAAACUUCAGACUAUAGCACCAUUCAUUUUAACCCAGAUUAUCACACUACAAGCCGGCUGCAGAUCAUUCGACACUCGUUGAUUCAAAAUCCAAGGAGUCGUGCCAUCAACAAUUUUCUGGAGAACAGACAAGCACAAUUGACAACUAUGAUACCAGAUUGAGACGUGUUUUAGCUUAUUAUAGUAGAUAUACUUUAUUAAUUAUAUGUAGUAGAACACUUAGUAACAAUGAUUUGGUCUCUAUUUGUAUUGGUCAUGUGUCCAGUCUUAAUGGUGAUAGCUUUGUACAAAACUAUGUGACUUAUCUGUGAGCGAAUAAAGAUGUUCAUCACCGUGUUUUUGUUACCAA